AGCUACGAUUCUUGCAGUGAUUCAUUAAAAUUUCGUGGAAAGUGCGAAUGAACAUCGUCCGAAUGGACAGUGACUUUGAGUUGCGAUGUCCGAGGAUAAUAUAACUCCGUUAAGCAGCGACCGAUGCUUUCUCACUAACAAUCGUCAUCCAUGGGAUAACCGACUCGCUGAGGUUGUUUCUGAGAUCGAAAACAAUCAGCAUGGUCGUCUUGGCUGUAAAGAAGACCAAGAAUUGCUCGUUUCCAAUCGUGCACAUCAUCACAUAAGUCUCUCUGAAUCCGAAGUUCAAGAUGCGUACAUGAAUCGCCUGCAUCUCUUCCGAUUUCGCAUAAUUCCUGACGGGAACUGUCUCUUCCGGAGUGUUUCUCAGGCGCUUUUUGGCACUCAAGAGCUUCAUAUGCAUGUUCGAGAGCUUACGAUCGAGCAUCUUUCUCGAAAUAUCAUCGAAUUCUUACCAUUCUUCGAGCCAUUGAAACCAGACGAUGACUUGCUGGAUUUCGCGUUUCAUCAGAUCGCGAAACUUCGUGAGAACAGUGUUUGGGGAGGUUUCGAGAGCUUGAUGGCGCUGUCGGACAUGUACAACAUUGAGUUUCAUGUCAUCCUUGGCGGCGCUGUGAAGAACAGUAGUGUGACGAUCCAUAACUACUACUACCAACGUCAAGAAAAUCAUGAGUUGCCUAUGAAGAAAAUAUUCCUGAGCUGGCUGAGUUGUGGUCAUUACGAUCUUGCCACCGAUACAAUGGAAGACCCCGCUGAGACAAAUUUAUGGUUGGUGGCCAUGAAUGAGGAGGAAGAAGAAGAACCGAAGCGUCGCAAGCGUCAGUCUUCAAAAUGUCACGGUGCUGCCGGUCGUCGUUCAAGAGGUGACAGCGGAAUUGAAGGAGCUGAAGGUCUCGCUUUACAGCUUCUCCAAAGUCCGGUUGAAUCUGAGCCUUCCGUUGAUGAUGAAUACUCAGAAAUGAAGCCGUCGGACGACUAG